AGGGUAUCGCGGCAGGGCGCUAGGGUGGCGGAGGCUGUAUCUACCUCCGCGCGCUCUCGGUUUUCUAGGACGUGUUUCGUUGCCCCGGCCGGGGGCGGCUCCCUGCUGCCUCCGAGCUGAGCUGCCCGCUGCUGGGCCUUCGGCGAUUGCAGACACAGACCACACCGCCCUCCAGAAACCAUGGGUGUCUCUAGACCCAGCUGCGACUCUGCCAGACUCUGGUGCUCAGUUUAAGAUAAGGAUAAUCUCCCAGGCCUGCUCUCCCUGCCUGUCAUGGCCACACUCCGAUGCUGCCCACUUGUCUGGGGACACAGGGCACCCAACCCUAGCCCUGAGAUGUUAAGCCAGGCCUUCUGGCUCCAGUCUACAGGGGCACUGCAGGCCCUGGGCUCCCUUCAGAGCAAGAGCAACUGAUGCCAUGGGAGAAGCCCCUGCCUACCCAUCCACUUGCCUGGCCCUGCCUGCUCUGAUACCCAUGCAUUGGGUCUUCCUGCAGGUGCCAAUCCUGUGAGUCCCUCCCCAACCCCCUGACACUGAGAAGGCCCUGUCCACCCCCACCAUGUGUGAGGUGAUGCCCACAAUCAAUGAGGGGGACCCCCUAGGGCCCCCCCACGGCGCCGAUGCUGACGCCAACUUUGAGCAGCUUAUGGUGAACAUGCUGGAUGAGCGGGAGAAGUUGCUGGAGUCCCUUCGGGAGAGUCAGGAAACCUUGGCAGCCACGCAGAGCCGGCUCCAGGAUGCCCUGCAUGAGCGGGACCAGCUCCAGCGACACCUCAACUCUGCCCUCCCUCAGGAAUUUGCCACCUUGACCCGGGAGCUGAGCAUGUGUCGGGAGCAGCUUCUAGAGAGGGAGGAAGAGAUAUCAGAGCUGAAAGCAGAACGGAAUAACACAAGGCUGCUUUUAGAACAUCUGGAGUGCCUGGUGUCCCGCCAUGAGCGGUCACUGCGGAUGACGGUGGUGAAGCGCCAGGCCCAGUCACCUUCAGGGGUCUCCAGUGAGGUGGAGGUGCUAAAGGCCCUCAAGUCUCUGUUUGAGCACCACAAAGCCCUGGAUGAGAAGGUUCGAGAAAGGCUCCGGGCAGCACUGGAGCGGGUUACCACCUUGGAGGAGCAGCUGGCAGGAGCCCACCAACAGGUGUCUGCCCUGCAGCAGGGGGCAGUGGUGCGGGAUGGAGUGGCAGAAGAGGAGGGGACUGUGGAGCUGGGACCGAAACGUCUGUGGAAGGAUGACACGGGCCGGGUGGAGGAGCUGCAGGAGCUCCUGGAGAAGCAAAACUUUGAGUUGAGCCAGGCCCGGGAGCGACUGGUCACCUUGACAGCAACCGUAACAGAACUUGAGGAGGACCUGGGAACAGCCCGCCGGGACCUCAUCAAGUCAGAGGAGCUGAGCAGCAAGCAUCAACGGGACCUCCGAGAGGCUCUGGCUCAGAAAGAGGACAUGGAAGAACGAAUCACCACACUGGAGAAGCGCUACCUAGCUGCACAGCGUGAGGCCACAUCCAUCCAUGACCUCAAUGACAAACUGGAGAAUGAACUGGCCAACAAGGAGUCCCUGCACCGCCAGUGUGAGGAGAAGGCUCGACACCUACAGGAGCUGUUGGAGGUGGCAGAGCAGAAACUGCAGCAGACAAUGCGCAAGGCAGAGACACUGCCAGAGGUGGAGGCUGAGCUGGCCCAGAGAAUCGCAGCUCUCACCAAGGCUGAAGAACGGCAUGGCAACAUUGAGGAGCACCUGCGGCAGCUGGAAGGGCAGCUGGAGGAGAAGAACCAGGAAUUGGCAAGGGUGCGCCAGCGGGAGAAGAUGAACGAGGACCACAACAAGCGGCUGUCAGACACCGUGGACAGGCUGCUUAGCGAGUCCAACGAGCGCCUGCAGCUCCAUCUCAAGGAGCGCAUGGCCGCCCUGGAGGAGAAGAACACGCUGAUCCAGGAGUUGGAGAGCUCCCAGCGUCAGAUUGAGGAGCAGCAUCACCACAAGGGCCGCCUGUCUGAAGAGAUUGAGAAGCUGCGCCAAGAGGUGGACCAGCUGAAGGGUCGAGGGGGGCCAUUUGUGGAUGGCAUCCACUCCAGGUCACACAUGGGCAGCGCAGCGGACGUGCGGUUCUCCCUGAGUACAACCACCCACGCACCCCCAGGUCUGCAUCGCCGCUACUCAGCACUGAGGGAGGAUUCGGCUAAGGACUGGGAGCCAUCUCCACUGCCUGGAUUGUUGGCCUCCACAGCCACUCCUGCUUUUGACAGUGACCCUGAGAUCUCUGAUGUGGAUGAAGAUGAGCCAGGGGGUUUAGUGGGCUCCGUUGAUAUUGUCUCCCCUGGCGGCCAUUCAGAUGCCCAGACCCUGGCCAUGAUGCUGCAGGAACAGCUGGAUGCCAUCAACGAGGAGAUCAGGAUGAUCCAGGAAGAGAAGGAGUCCACAGAGCUCCGUGCGGAGGAGAUCGAGACGCGUGUGACCAGUGGCAGUAUGGAGGCCUUAAACUUGACACAGCUGCGCAAGCGUGGUUCUAUCCCCACCUCUCUGACUGCCUUGUCCCUGGCCAGUGCAUCCCCUCCACUCAGUGGCCGUUCCACGCCGAAGCUCACCUCCCGCAGCGCUGCCCAGGACCUGGACCGGAUGGGGGUCAUGACCCUGCCUAGUGACUUAAGAAAGCAUCGGAGGAAGUUGCUGUCGCCAGUGUCUCGGGAAGAGAACCGAGAGGAUAAAGCCACCAUAAAAUGUGAGACUUCUCCUCCUUCCUCACCCAGGACGCUGCGGCUAGAGAAGCUUGGCCACCCAGCCCUGAGCCAGGAAGAAGGCAAGAGUGCCUUGGAGGAUCAGGGCAGCAACCCCAGCAGCAGCAACAGCAGCCAGGACUCCUUGCACAAGGGUGCCAAGCGCAAGGGCAUCAAGUCGUCCAUUGGCCGCCUGUUUGGGAAGAAGGAGAAGGGCAGGCUGAUCCAGCUGAGUCGGGAUGGAGCCACAGGCCAUGUUCUGCUAACAGACUCCGAGCUCAGUCUGCAGGAACCCAUGGUACCUGCCAAGCUGGGGACCCAGGCAGAGAAGGACCGGCGACUGAAGAAGAAACACCAGCUGCUUGAGGAUGCCCGCAGGAAAGGAAUGCCCUUUGCCCAGUGGGACGGCCCCACUGUGGUCUCCUGGCUGGAGCUAUGGGUGGGGAUGCCUGCCUGGUAUGUGGCAGCCUGCCGGGCCAACGUCAAGAGUGGUGCCAUCAUGUCUGCCCUGUCGGACACAGAGAUUCAGCGGGAGAUUGGCAUCAGCAAUGCCCUGCACCGGCUCAAGCUCCGGCUAGCCAUCCAGGAGAUGGUAUCGCUGACCAGCCCCUCGGCCCCGCCCACCUCCAGGACAUCUUCUGGGAAUGUCUGGGUCACCCAUGAGGAGAUGGAAACUCUGGCAACAUCCACCAAAACAGACAGUGAGGAGGGCAGCUGGGCUCAGACCCUGGCUUAUGGAGACAUGAACCAUGAAUGGAUUGGGAACGAAUGGCUGCCCAGCCUGGGGCUCCCCCAGUACCGCAGCUACUUCAUGGAGUGCCUGGUGGAUGCACGCAUGCUGGACCACCUCACCAAGAAGGACCUGCGCGUCCACCUGAAGAUGGUGGACAGCUUCCAUAGGACCAGCCUUCAGUAUGGCAUCAUGUGUCUGAAGAGACUGAAUUACGACCGGAAGGAGCUGGAGAAGAGGCGGGAAGAGAGCCAGCACGAGAUCAAGGAUGUGCUGGUUUGGACCAAUGACCAGGUGGUUCAUUGGGUACAGUCUAUUGGGCUUCGGGACUAUGCAGGAAACCUGCAAGAGAGUGGUGUCCAUGGUGCCCUGCUGGCUCUGGAUGAGAACUUUGACCAUAACACACUGGCCUUGGUCCUCCAGAUCCCCACGCAGAACACCCAGGCCCGCCAGGUGAUGGAGAGAGAGUUCAAUAACCUCUUGGCCUUGGGCACAGACCGGAAGCUGGAUGAUGGGGAGGACAAGGUGUUCCGCCGCGCGCCCUCCUGGAGGAAACGCUUCCGGCCGCGGGACCACCACAGCGGUGGCAUGCUGGGCACCUCGGCAGAGACGCUCCCGGCAGGCUUCCGCGUGUCCUCCCUGGGGACCCUGCAGCCCCCUCCCGGCCCUCCCAAGAAAGUCAUGCCUGAAGCCGGGCCGGCGGGGGCGCAGAGACUGGAGACCUCCACGGUUCGGACCUACUCCUGCUGACCCCCACCCUCCCGCCCCGGGUCUGACGGGGGUGUGCCCCUGGCUCGGGCUCAUUCCCACUAUCUCUACGGACACAUGCUCUCCGCCUUCCGGGACUAGCCACGGCCUGGGCCGGCGUCCUUCUCUCAGCCGGCCCUGACCCCUCCUGCUCGUUCCCCUUCUUCCACGGCUCCUAGUCUCGUCCGUCCGUGACCUUCCGGUUACCCUGGAUCUCAGAAUAUAUUCAUCUAUCCCUCGACAUCCCACUACUCCUGAAUCCCACUGCGUGUCCUUUGUAAGUCUCGUGGUUGUGGCUGGGGUCUCCCGUGUUGUGGAGGCACUCAGGUUGUCCAUGCCUGGGAUUCUGGGGGAAGAGAGAAGGGCAGCCGGCAGUGGCUGUGACCUCACCCUCCCUCUGGACCUGGCCUUGUUUGGACUGUGCCCUCCACCAGGAGGAUCCUGGGCCAAGGACUGAGAUGGCCCUUUCAAAAAAAGGUGUCACUUCACACUGUCCUGUUUGGGCUAUUUGGUCUUUUGGUCCCUGUCCACUCUGGUUGUGCCAGAUUGUCUGAGGGUUGGUUUUGGCACCCUCAGCUCCACCCUCCCCCAGUCCAUCACCACCACUUGCAGCUUCUGCCUUGAGGACUUGCUGAGGCCAGGAGAGGAUCUAGGAAACCUGAGGUAGAAAUUCUGAGUCCCCACUCAAACUGAAUCCCAAACUUGAGUUUGGGAAGAAUCAGAGCAAAAUGGACCUCAGUUUUGGGCUAAGGUGAGGAUGGGGAAACUCUUAGCCCCAUGCCCAGUAAGCCGGGUAGGCAGGCAAGCUAGUAGGAGAGCUGAUGACCUCUGGUAGCCUUAAGCUCAAAGGACAGUAGGAAUGAUACCAGCCCCACCCAAAGGGUGGAGCUUCAUCUGGGCUGGGAGGAGGGACCCUUGAGUGCAUCAUAACCCUGGGGCAGAACAGAUCCCACUAGGUUCUGCCCACUGUGACCCCAGCAUCUCUUCCCCAUCCUCCUCUGCCUUACUUAUUCAGUAAUCCCAGCCCCCUAAAAAUGAACCCGAUCAGUGGAUUGAAUAUACAUUGACCCUAAAAGCAGAUUUGGGAAAAAGACAGUCUGAAGCUUCCUUCCUUUGACCUGCUGAGAAGAAAAAGCUUCCCCUUCUGAGAAUCAUGUCCCAGGCCUAGGAAAUGUAGUGUUGAUGAAGGAAAUCAUUCCUGCUUGUCCCUAAAUCAUCCAACCCUCUUCAGGACUCUUUUGCUGUGCAGGGACUGUCACCUCCAGAAAUUUCUGAGACCCACCCAGCUUUCACCAUUUUGUUUUCCCUAUCAGCAUGGUGGAAUGGGCAGAGGGCUGCAGGUCCUGGUUUGGGAGGAAUACUAUUCCCAGAAAUCUCUCUUCCCUACCCAUUCCUUCAUCUUACCAAGGUGCCUGAAAGUGCUUGGGACUCAAGUUCAUGGGUUGAUGGGAUCUAGGGCUUCAUCCAAGUGAGAGGAGAGGGAGGGUGUCUGGGCGUGUUAGUUGGAGAGAUGCCAGUGCAGCACCAUCCUACAGGUGGCCGGAGCAGCUGGUUUGCAGCCUGUUCCACUUGGCUCUGAGCAGGGCUAGGCUAGCAGGUGGAGUAAUGGGCCACAACACCCUGUCCUGAAGGACUGCUGGAACCUGGAGCUGUCCUGGGACUUAGAGCCUGAUGCUCCCUCUUAGUAGAGGGAGUUUGUCCAGUGGUGUGUCUAGGGGCCUCUUCCCUGGGCUGGGCCAGGCAACCACCUGCCCUUGCUCUCUGUCAUUGCUUCCUGCCCUUCCUGCCAUCAGGCUUCUAGGAAUAGAGACAGAGCAUACAAUGAAUCGGGUAGAGAGAACACGCCCCUAUUCUUGGGUAACGGAUGUUGAAAUUAUGAACAUACUCCAGGUUCCUGAGAUGGGUGGAGUGGAGCAGCAGAAGGCCAUCUGCCUCCCGCAGGGGAGUCUCAUGGCUCGCUGCGUAGGAGAGGCAGCUCUAGCCUCUUCUCUCUGCAUCUUCACCUUAUCAUGGUUGGCCUUGUCAUAGGCGGCAGCUGGGCCCCUUGAAGAGUGUUGCAGGGAGACGAUGAAGUGGCAUCUACACAGUGAUGGAAGGUGGUUGUCUCGGUGUACCCCUUGCCUCAUAGUCAAUAUAUUUUUUUCCUUGAGAGUCACCAGUGACCCGAGCCCUCCUCACCAGCCUCCUGUGUCUCACCAGGCCCCUUCUCAGUACUGUAUUGGCUCAGUGCAUCAGGAGUGGGUGUGUGGGUGUGUGUGGGUGUGAGUGUGAGUAUGUGCGUACCAAUAAACAACCUGGUUUUAAGACAAUGUA